UGUAUCUAACAAUGCAUUAAAAAGGAGCCCUCUCUAAAACAACAGAUCUUGUUCCUCGCUCAACAGCUGCAGAACCUGAAACGUGCUAUAACUUUUUGACUCGGAAUAUAAACUUCCCUCUUCACCAGUUAUGACAGAGGAAAUAACAUAUGCGGAUCUGGAAUUUAAUAAAUCUUAUGCACUGGAAAAUAUUCCAAAGCCUCCCACUCCUGAGGAAAAAGGGCUCCCCACUUUAUCCCCAUGGUGUCUGGCUGCCCUGACUUUGCUCACAUUGUGUCUGGCGUUAAUGGUAGGACUGCUAGCCCUGGGAGUUGUGUUUUUCCAGGUUACCAACAUCUGCCAGGAAGAGAAUGUAAAACUCAAAGAGAAGGAGAAUGCUCUGCAAACAAAUUUCUCAAGCAGGCUGCAAGAAAUAAGAGAGAGUUUGUGUUUCAAAGGGGAAGCGAAGAAUAAAAAUAAUGGAAUGAGUUGUACACUCUGCCCCACAAACUGGCAACGAAUGGGAGGAGACACCUGUUACUACAUUUCUUCAGGGAAGAAGACGUGGGAGGGGAGUCGGACCUUCUGUGCCUCACAACAUUCCACCCUUCUCAUGAUAAAAGACAAGGAGAAGCUGGAAAAUGUCAGUAGAUAUUUGAUUAAAGAAAAUUACUGGAUUGGAUUAUCACGACGUAACACUGAAAGGCCUGACUGGUUUUGGGAGGACACCACAGCUCUUUCUACAUCCGAAAAGGGAAUCUCUGUUUACAGUGUCAAGAAUCCCUGUGCAUAUCUGUGGGAUAAAUACAUUUAUGCGGAUCAGCGCUGUGAUGAGAACAAUUUCUGGAUCUGUGAGAAGGCACCCUUCCAGCUGAGGCUCACAGACAAUCAGUAGCAGUUUAUCAGUUUAUUAUGGUUUAUCAGUAUAAAAUAUUUAUUUAUUAGCAGUGGGAAAAAGCUCUGUGGGCUCUGUUUUGAGUUGUGAGAUUUUGGGUUCUGCAAAGUGUCCAAAUGAGCAUUUAAAUAGUUGUUUAGAGUCAUAAUCAGCAUUGUCAUUUUCAUUGUUUUAGGAUGCCUUUACAAAAGUCAUAAGCCAAAUGCUACACACAUCGUGAAGGCCAUAUGACCCCCCCAGAAAAUGUACAAAAUUAGUUAAUCCAGCUCUGAAAUGUGAAAAAAAAAAAGAAACCGGGAACUCUGGAGUAAAAAUAAAUUACUACAUUUAGAUAUGGAAAGACCUAUCUGGUUUCAACUUGUCCAUCCCCUGGAAGUGCAGUGUAUGAUUGCUCCCUAUUGCCCAUUUCUCAAAUAGGAAAUGGUGCCCAAUGGGGAAAGGCUGACAGUUGCCUUCCCCCAACCAGGGUUUGCCCAACCUCUCUGUCUUUCAGUAACUCUGCCCCCCCUCCGCCCCGAUUUUUGACGUGAUCAUUUGGAAAGAAAUAAUUGUCCGUUUUUUUUCUAUUUCAUGAUGCUAUUUGAGACGGAGAAUGGUCUAUCUGCUGAUCCAAUUUUGCUUCCUCCAGAGUUUUCCUCAAAUGAUGCCUCUGUUCCCAGAGGUUUCUCUACUGCAGGUUUCAGUAACUCAGGUGUUGAGGCUUCAGCCACUUCUAUUCAGGAGACUCUUCUGCAUUCUCAUUGAUUUUACUUCAACAAAACAUUUCCUGAUCACCAGCCUAAACAUUUCUCUUUCCUACAGUUUUAUCACACACCAGUUACACGCACCGGCAACCCUAACCAAAUUCCUCUGUCCCUCUGAUGUUUUCAUGCAUCACAUACUUCUACAGAGUGGCAUUGUUUUUCACCAAUAAGUCAUCACUUAGCCAAUUAUGCACAGGUAGCUCUUUUAAUCUUUUCUUAUAAAUAAGGCUGUAUUUUAGUCACAGGUAUUUUUAGUAAAAGUUAUGGACAGGUUACGGGCAGUAAACAAAAAUCUGUGACGGCCGUGACCUCUCUAAAAACACGGAGCCUUACGUAUCAGUCAAUCCCUCCAGCCCAUGAACCAUGUCAUGGGGGAAUGGGGAUGUAGAACGUGAGCUACACUCCUUUUUCAGAGUAGUUCUCUAUUGUACAUUUAAUAAUAUAUUGAAGAUACUCUUAAUACAAUAUACAGAAAACCUCUGGAUUGCUUGGUAAACUGGGCACAAGAUAACAAUCUGUGUUUUAACACCACUACAUGUAAAGUUAUAUGUCUAGGAAUAAAAACUGUAGGCCAUACUUACAGAAUGGGGGACUCUGUCCUGGGAAGUAGUGACUCUUAAAAAGACUUGAGGGACGUAGUGGAUAAUCAGCUGAUAGUCUCAAGAAGCUCAAUCUAUUUAGUUUAAGACACAGAAAUUUAAGGGAUGGCUUGAUCAGUCAAUAAGUGCUGACAUGAGGAACAAAUGUUUGAUAAUAGACUCUUUAAUCUAGCAGACAUAGGUAUAACAAGAUCCACUGGCUGGAAGUUGAAGCUAGGUAAAUUCAGACUGGAAAUAUAACAUUUUUUUUUAUUAGUGAGGGUACUUAACCAUUGUAACAACUUAUCAAGUGUUGUGGUGGAUUCUCCAUCACUGGCACUUUUAAAAUCAAGACUGGAUGUUUUUCCUAAAAGAUCUGCUUUAGUUCAACUAUGUCCAAGUACUACAAAUCAGUUGUGGAAUUACUUCAGGGAGCUUCUAUAGCCUGUGUAAUACAGGAGAUCAGACUAGACGAUCACAGAGGUCCUUUCUGGCCUCAGAAUACUGUAGCUUGCUUUUUAAAUGUAUUGUGUAGCUUUAGGGGAAUCAUAACAUUUACAGUUAUGCAGCAGAAGAGAAUAAUAAUUGGAUUUCUGCAAUGAACUCUGCUUGGGACUACUCCAAAAGGCCACUCAGAAAUUUCAGGUGCGGAAGAGUUUAGCUUCACACUCACAUAAUACUCUUUCUGGAAUGGAACAUGCACGUCCUUCUUUGUUCCAGAAACAGAAUGGGCUUCCAGGCUCAAUUCAAAGUGUUGCUAUUAGUCUGAAAGACACACCAAUUAUUUCCUUGUGUUUUUUACUAGCACUUGAUUGGGACACUUGAGUUUACAGUUCCCAGAUGUUUAUGCAUGAGUCAGCUGGUAAAAGGGUAACAUCAGUGUAGGAUUUCUGAGUCUGGAACUCAACUCCCCUCCCUUAAUCAGACUGAGUAGCGCUCCCCCUGGGAUGGUCACCUCCAUCCCACUGAUCCCAGCACAGGGCUCUCACUAAAUGACAUCAUAUAGCUCUAAACACAUUUUGUUUAUUCAUUAAAGAGAUUUUAACCAAGGGCCCAAACUUUGCUUUGCCUGAACAUUUACACAAACAAAGUUGUACUUGCACAGAGGUUCACAACAAGCAGGUGAAAGGAAAAUGAACAAGGCUGAAUAGAAAUUGAGUUAAUCAUUUGCAAGAAUGAUGAAGGGCGUGUUAUAAGGAUCUAGAUAACUCCAUGUAUAACAGGGGUCGGCAACCUUUCAGAAGUGGUGUGCUGAGUCUUCAUUUAUUCACUCUAAUUUAAGG